AUGAUACUGCCCAAGACUGAAAAGUCUCAGCAAGUGUUCAACGAACACGAACUGCUGGGACUAGACAUUCAAGUUGAGGUUCAGAAGAACUCCAGACUCAUUGGGCAGUGUGACCGCUGCCAAAAAACAAUGUGCUCAUGGAGUAGCGGAAGCAGAGGAAAAAAGUUAGUUUCCCUGGCUACUAUUUCUAAAGUUAAUACAGUGAAUUCAGAGGAAGAGCCUUGCUUAAGCGCUCAGAAUUAUUAUUGUGAUGAAGAUGUACUACAGGAUGUACAGAUGGAAGAAUUCAUACCAAUUACCAAGAGUUGCGUAAUUGAUAAUGGAUCGAUGACUAUUCGAUACAUGGAUUCAGCUGAUACUGUUGAUCCAGAACAUCAUUCCACAAAUAAAGGAUACUGCUUGCAAGAUAUAUCUAACAAUGUGAUUGACAAGGAAUCUUGGAAUCUCAGAGAUAUUUUAAGUUACGUGGAUGGUCAGGCAAAUGUGGAAGUGGAAGAAAAAAAUAUUCAAAAUAUGGAAGACGAUAGUCGUGGGGAUGAGAAUAGAAGGGAACCUAUGAAAAAUGAUGCAAAUCAAAUAAUAGAAGAAACAGAGAUUGUAGAAGAGGAGAAUGAAACUAAAGGGUAUGAGGAAGCAGAUCCAUAUGAAACAGUUGAAGGCCACACAAAAAAAGGCGAAGAAAGAAAAAGAAAAAAAUACAAACUGUCCAAGGAAGUGAGAGCUGAAACUAAGAAAAACAAGGUAAUCUCGCUUCAUAAGGUCAGAGAAGGCUGUAUAAACUGUAAGCUCAAAUGUCGGACAUUCUUUACCGAGGAGGAGAGAAACACCACAAACCACGAAUUUUGGAAGUUGGACUGGAAGGGAAAACGAACAUUUGUGAUGAACUCGACAGAGAAUAGAACACCAAAGAGAAAAGUAGAAGGUUCAAAGAAAAACAAGACAUUCACAUAUUUUCUGAAGGAUUCUAGUGGUACAACAAGACGUGUCUGUAAAAUAUUUUUCCUAACAACAUUGGGAUAUAAAAAAACGAAUGACUGGAUAAUCCAUUCGGUGUGGGCAAAUGCUAAUAGCAAAAAUCAGUUACAAAAUGAUUUAGACCGCCGAGGUAGGCAUCCUCCUCCAAACAAGUUGUCUAAUAAGAUUAUAGAAAGCCAUAUUGACUCAUUUAAUCCAUCUGUAUCUCACUAUAGAAGAGUCCAUGCUCCUAAUCGUCUAUAUUUGCCGAGUGACUUGAAUGUCACCCUUAUGUUUGAAGACUUUAAAAAAAGAUAUCCCGAUUACAUUUGCUCCUAUGAAAAAUAUAGAAAAAUCCUCAAGGCGAAAAAUAUAUCGUUCGCAAAAUUAGGAAAUGAGGAAUGUGAACUCUGUGAGUCGUACCAUAUGCAUAAUUCCGAACAUAAAGCUGAGUCCUUAAGUGAUGAUUGCGAGGUAUGCUGCAGCUGGAAGGAUCACAUUAUGAAAGCAAAAGAAUCUCGUGAGAGAUACUCACUAAAUAAGGAAAAUUGCAACAAAGACAAAGGAAAUUUGUGCUUUUCUGUUGAUCUUCAAAAAGUAAUAAUGUUGCCUAGACUUGAAAUGUUUAAAAAAGCGAUCUUUGCUUCUCGCCUAAUAGUUUACAAUGAAAGUUUUGUGCCAGUUGGUAAAAUUAGAGAUUUUCCUCCAUUUGCCGUAUUGUGGCAUGAAGGCAUCAGCGGACGACACCAAGAAGAUAUUAUUAGUGCCUUCAACGCAUUUCUUCUUCACCACAGGGAUGUCCGCAAUAUCACUCUAUGGUUGGACAAUUGUUCUAGCCAGAAUAAAAACUGGGCAUUAUUCUCCUUUCUUGUUUAUAUUGUAAACUCAACAAGUAUAUCCGCUGAGACCAUUCACUUGAACUACUCGUAUUUUGAACCAGGUCAUACCUUUAUGUCGGCGGAUUCGUUCCACCACCAAGUAGAAGAAUCACUAAAGCGUCAAGUCAAAACAUAUGAUUUUGCAGACUUUGAGAAGGCAGUACAGUCCAGCAAUAAGGGAAAGGUACAAAUGAAAUCCAUGAAACUGAAUGAUUUUCAAUUGUGGAAAAGUCUCCAUUCAGUUAGUAAAAUUAAGAAACAGGAUCCCAGUUUUACUAUGAGUAAAAUAACGGAAUUAAUGGUAAAGAGGACUGAAUUUGUGAUGUACUACAAACGCAAUUUUGAGGAAGAAUGGAAGAAACUAGAUUUUUUGCUAAAAAAACAUAUUGGUGAAAUGCCAACAGCCCCAAUAAAAACGGCACCAAAUGGCUUUGAGCGUCAAAAAGUUGAAAACCUGCUUAAAGCGGUUGGUUCCAUUAUGCCAGGUAACAGGAAAGAAUUUUGGGAGAAACUUCCAGAAAAAGUUAUCUAG